AUGACUUUCCUUCCAAAGUGGUUAGCUUUUCUGAAAGGCAAAGAGGUURUUAUUGCUAAUGCGAUAAUUGCAAUACUGACAAUUGGUGGUCAGCAACUUUUCUCUUUUUUCACAUUCAGCUGUCCCUGUCAUGUUGGACAGAACCUUAUCUAUGGGCUGGCUUUCCUGGGAGUGCCUGCACUGAUCCUUCUGAUUGUUGGUUAUGCUCUGAACAACCAGACUUGGAGGCUGGUUACAGGCAAGAAGUCUCAUUUUGAGAAGGUGACYUCAUCAAACCAGUUGCUGAAAUGCAAACUGGUCUGCUUUGUCCUGUGCAGCAUCACUGGGAGGGCACUGGUUGCUCCAGUAACGUGGCUUGCAGUCACCCUGAUCAAUGGCUCAUAUUAUGUCUGUGCCAUGAGUGAGUAUGUCCCUGUGUACUAUUAUGGAGCUGAUCCCAAUGUCACCGCUAGUGAACGCAGUAGGAUAUUGGCUACAUUUCCCUGCAGUCAGUUGGUUCCUCCAGAGCUGAGCCGGGCAAGGGAUGAAGUGAUUCUCCUGCUCCGAUACCAGUCACAGGUGGCUGGCUGGCUUCUGAUUGCUGUGGUAGUCAUCACUGUCUUCCUUUCUUACUGCCUGGCAAGCUGCUUCUCCCCACUCAGCUUUCUACAUUUCAGAUACUGGAGCAGCUAUGUCCACAAUGAGCAGGAGCUCUUCGAUGAAGCAACAGAGCAGCACUCCAGGCUCUAUGCCAGGCAGCAUGUAAGGAAGUUCUUUGGCUUUGUCCCAGGAAGUGAAAAUGUAAAGGAAAUUCGUAUCCCAUCUCUCAGAGAGUGGCAAGCCAUCUCUGGACUGGCCUUUCUAAAACGAGUGGAUGAGGAGCACUAUGAUUACAGCCUCCUCCAUGACUGGGCACUCAAGGAGUGUGCAAAUGGAAAAUAUCUGAGGAUUGAWGAAGACUCUGGAAUCAUAACACAGCUCUGAAGAUCCAAGCCCCCACAAUACCCUGCAGAAAAGCAGAAACUUGUCUAGCUCUGUAUCAGACCUGAGCUGCUCUGGAACUUUCCAUUACAGUAUUACAUUGGUAUAUAAAGUAUGUGAAAAAGYGCAUCUUGUUAAUGUAGUCCUUUAGCACAUGCUUACAGAUGCCCUCACUGAUGGCAUUUUGACACUUGGGAUGUGGUGAWCUAUGUCUAGAUUAGGGUGGGCUGUCUCAAGCUUUAUCUCUCUGCUUUCUAAUAGUUGUGCUAGAAGUAUAUG